CAUCAUGGCUGCCUCCACGCUUAAGUUUUAGCUCUCUCCUCCAUGCCUUCUCUGAUGAUUUAACUUGUUCAUUUAAAAUGAUUGUAACUAUGUAAGUCAUUUCAGAUCGGACCACAAAGUAAGAAUGGCUCUCCUUCAUUUCUCAUCGCAUCAAGCUGCGGCCAUCCUCACGAGAUGCCUCCCUGCCCUAUCGUCAUCUUAUCUCCUCUCAAGGAGGUCGUACCGCCCAGAGGUCCUACAACGAGCUAAGGAUCGGAUCAGGCAAGACAAGAAGCCCCUACAUCGUGUGAUUGAAGAGAUGCUAGACUUGGAGCCAGUUAUUAAGAGACCUCAAAGUGAGAGGAUUCCUGAUAGCCAUCCCCAGUACACCACCAGGGUACCAAUGGGUCCAACUAACCCACACUACCAUGAGAAGCCAGCUUAUAUCUUCAACCACGACGUACAACUAGGGGAAGGUAUCCAGCAGGCUCUGUGGCUGACAAAGAGCCAACUCAUGGGGGAUGGACAGAUGCCUAGCCAAGUGCAGGAGCUAGCGUCAUCACUGGAGAUACCAGACAUGGAGAAUAAAGUAGAACAGUCCAUCAAACAAUGUCGUCUGUACGACACGCCUAGCUCUAUGCUCUCUAUGGACAGAUUCAGUUUUAGACAGACUAAGGCACUCACCAGGCUAGGUAGCUUACUAGGCAAGGAUUAUCCUGAGUUACUCAACCGUGCCCAGGCUAACAAUUAUUACGUUGGAGCCAGUUGGACCAGAGACAAUGAUGCGAUUCAGGUCAGAGGUCGUCCCGGUAUGAUUCUGACAUCUAAGAACCCUCUGCCUGUACUAGCGAGCCAAGACGAGAUCAACCAAACGGUAGACGUACCCCUUGAAUCCUUCUACCCACUAGCGCCAACCAUUGAUCUACGCUCAAGUACUAUUUAUAAAGAGGACUACAACUUCCCGGGUUUCUUCGAUGGUUAUCCAUUCCCACACGCCCACACCCUUUUUGUCUUCGCAACUUAUUUCAAGAAUUCUGAGGCGUAUAAAGCAAAGGGGAUCAUGUUUGCUUUCGCCAAUGCGCUGUGUCGUGCUAAGCAACAAUACGGAGUUGAGGAAAUUGACCUCCCCACACCGAUUGUCACCCAAUGCAUCGUCACAAAUGGCGUAAAGUUCUCCUUCAUUCAUGUCCAGCUCAACACACUCCGUCUCGACUCAAGCGACGGCCCAAAGAAUAUGGUCUGGCUGGACGCUGAGAACCCCCUCUACCUUGACAUGUACCCGCAGAACAUUAAGAUUUACCGUACAAAGGGGAAUCGCAAGACAGAUAAGAGAUACUGGAAACCGUUAGUAAAACGGGAUCCAGAGCUCGGCUGCCGGGAGUUAGACGUCGGAGUCUUCAAGAAAUUCCUAGGAUGUUAUUUGAACGGAGCUGUUCAUUGAUGGCGGGAGUCUGCCACAAGGUCAUGCUAAGGAGGGACAGCAAACCUGGAAUUGCAUCUUUAAGAGAGAUCGGCGUUUUUGUUUUUGCAAAGGGCACCUUCGUUGGAAGAUCUUUAAGCCUAUUGAGACUUUUGAAGGUGCACCAAGGCAAGGACAUUUUAAUGCAUUGUAAAGUCUAUGGGAACUUUUUGGAGGGGCGCCGAGGCCUCGCUCAGCUAACUGGUCCUGCUGGCUAGUUUCUAAAAACAUUGAGGGCAAACACUGCAAGGACAGUUCUAUUGGGGAAAAAAGACUCAAGAACUUUUGAAAGGGCACCAAGGUCAAGACCAGCUACCUGGUCCUGCUGGCUAGUUUCUAAAAACGUUAAGGGCAACUCUGAAAGGACAGUUCUAUUGGAAAAUUGUGAAGUCCAUUGGAAACUUUUGAAGGGGCACCAAGGCCAUGAUCAACUAACGCAUCCUGCUUGCUAGUUUCUAUAAUGUUUAGGGCAAAUCCUGAAAGGACAGUUCUAUUGAAAAAUUGUACUUUCCUCCACAGAAAUAGCUGUGCCCCUUGAGGAGGGAAGUUCAAAGCCUGCAUGUAGAAGCCAGUAUUUAAAACAAGGAUUGGUACAAUAACCAACUGAGUCAUUUUAACUUAUAACGUAUAGUGCUUUAGUACAUCCGCUUCCGUAAUGUUGCACUGUUUUUUACAAUUUUCUACCCCCGGGGGCUAGAGAGAUGCAAAACAGUGCUAUAUUUUGGACUAGCUACCCUUUAAAGAUAGGGUCAUCCUUUGGUUUUAUUUACGUAAUGCUGAUUUAUAGGCAAAAUUAUCAAGAAGGAUUUGAAUAAAAGUCACCUGUAAAAGUA